ACAUAAACACAAACGGGAGAGAAAACAAAACGCACCGUGUCGGUCUUGCUCUGCAACGCCUCUCUCUUACUCCUCUCUCGCUGAUUUUAUUAUUUACUCACGGGUCCAUCUCCGACUCUAACCAACAAAGCAAAACCGUUUCUUGUAGUUCUUACCUUCAUUUUCUAGACUCUCUUCGCAGUUUUGUCUGUAGAGUUUCUCCUGUUUCGAUCACGAAUAUUGCUAAUCUCUGAAUUGGAUCUGUUCAAUCGUGAUAAUGCACGAGAAUGAUGAUCCUCCGUCUGAUUCCGUAGCUGAUGAAAAUGUGAAUGAUGAUGAUGAUCCUCCGCAGGACUCGGCUGAAUCUGUAGCUGCUGAUGGGAUUGAGAAUGACGACGAGACAAAUGAGCAAGAGCUUGAUCCUGACCAGGGAACAGCUUUCGUUGACAGUAAGGAAGAUAUGUUUGUUGAUGCUCCUGAAGAGUUAAACUUUGAUACACCUAGCAAGGAAGCUCUCACCACAGAUGAUGAUAACAAUAAUGAGAAGGAGGAGGAGGAUAGGGAGAAGGAACUUGUAGCGUUGCAGGAACAGUUCAACCUCUCAACUGGUGAGAAGAACGAUUCCAAAGUUGAGAAGAUUCAGCAUGACGAUGCACUCAAGGAGCUUCAAGGGAUUAUCAUUAAGAAAGACGAGGAGAUUGCUCACCUCACCACAAAGAUCUCAGAGCUUUCUUCUUCCUCACAGGACGAGGAGGAGCAACAACUUGUCGCUGCAACGGAUAGGAUUCUGCUUUCUCUUAGUAACGUGUUUGGGCAAGAGGAGCCCCAGCUUGGCUCUUUCGUCUCUGAAAAGAUUACUAAUCUUGAAAACGGAGUUGCGUUUUUAAGCGCAAAGUACACUGAGUUUUACUACGGUGCUGAUCAGCUGAGGAAGUGUUUGUCUAGUGAUGAUGCGGAUCUUCGUUUCCAAGAGGAUUUUGGUUCAGCUCUCGGCGGUGCUUGCUCUGAGCUACUUGAGCUCAAGGAGAAGGAAGCAUCCCUUCAUGAAAGACUCACCCAUCUAGAAGAUGAGAACAGGAAACUGGUUGAGGGAAUGAGCAAAGAUAGAGAAAUGAUCGAGUCCAUGAGGACAGAGCUUGAGCAGGAGAAGACGAGGUGUGUCAACACGAAAGAGAAGCUCAGCAUGGCUGUAACGAAGGGGAAGGCGUUGGUUCAGAACCGGGACGCGUUAAAGCAUCAAAUAUCUGAGAAAACAACGGAGCUUGAGAAUAGGUUGGCUGAGUUACAAGAGAAGACGGUUGCUCUUGAAACUUGUGAGUUACUCAAGGGACAGCUUGAGCAAUCUUUAGCUGAGAUGGCAGAUGAACUGCAUGAUAAGUCUGUAUCCUUGGAAGCAUGUGAGGUAGCUAAGAGAGAGGUAGAACAGUCUUUAGAUGAGAAAGCAAAAGAACUUGAAGAGUGUUUGAUGAAACUACAAGCAUUGGAUGAAUCAGAACUCAUCAAAGGGGAGUUAGUGAAAUCCGAAGCUAUGGUUGCAUCAUAUCAAGAAGUGGCGUCGUCAAAGAGCUCAAUCAUUGAAAACAUAGAAACCAUCUUGUCACACAUUAAUGAUAGCUCUGAAGAUAUCAUUGAGAAGGUUAGGUCACUUGUAGAAGAGAGGGAAGAGCUUCAAAAUGUUUCUCAGGAAUACAACAGGCUUAAAGAUAUGAACUUCUCUAUUGACUUACCUGAGGAGAUCUCCGAAUCCACCUUAGAAGCUCGCCUAACUUGGCUUAGUGAAUCAUUUUUACAUUCAAAGGAUGAAGUUAGCGCGUUGCAGAACCAGAUAGAAAGAUUAAGUACGUCUCUUUCAGCAGAAAUGGAGGAGAAAAGUAGCAUUAGAGAGGAGCUUGAUGAUAUAACUUUGAGGUUUAAAGCAUUGGAGGAAACUGCCGAGAGAGAUUCUUUGGAGAGAGAGGAAACUGUUAGGAGGCUUGUGGAAACCUCUGGCUUGAUGAUGACAGAAGGAGUUGAACAUCAUGCUCUCCUUGUUGAUAGAUCUUUAGAUCAGAUAGAAAAGAAACUCAGGGACUCUAGUGAGAGUACUUAUGGCAACGAAGAGUUAUUUGAAAGACUUCAAAGUCUCCUUUAUGCUAGUGGUCUGGAGUUAUCACUUUGUAAGGAAAUGUUAGGAGAGGAUAGCUUGCAGGUAAGCAAUCUCUCAAAUGAACUUGCUUCGGUGAAAGAAGAAAAAAUUGCUUUGGAGACUGAUCUUGAGAGGUCAGAGGAGAAAUCUGCUUUGCUCAAAGACAAACUCUCCAUGGCUAUCAAGAAAGGCAAGGGACUUGUUCAAGAUAGGGAGAAGUUGAAAGCUCAGUUGGAUGAGAAGAACUCUGAGAUCGAGAAGCUGAUGCUGGAGCUGCAGGAGCUAACUGGUACGGUGGAUAGCUACAAGAAUCAGAUAAGUGCGUUAUCAGGAGACUUAGAGCGGACAAAUGAGCUAGAGGAUGAGCUUGUUGCUGUUAAAGACGAAAGAGAUGAACUUAAGCAGUCUUUAUCGCUGAAUGACACCUUGUUGCAGAAAGUGAUGAGCAUCCCUGUUGAUUUAGCAACUGAGGAUUCUUCAGAAAAGAUUGACAGACUUGUUGGGUACUUCAAGGAAGUGCAGGAAGCUAGAGUAGAGGAACAAGAAGAGCUAGAAAAGGUAAAAGAAGAAGCAAAUACAUUAGCUAGUAAGUUAGCAGAAGCCCACACAGCCUUGAAGUUGGUUGAGGAUGCCUUGUCUGCUGCAGAGGGUAACAUAGAUCGACUCGCUGAGGAGAAUAGACAAGUUCAAGCUGCCAAGGAGCUUGUAGAACUUGAGCUGCAGAAAGCAGUUGGAGAAGCCUCCUCUCUGUCUAGCGAGCUGGAUGAAGCUUGUGCAAUUAGGAAUACACUUGAAGCUGCACUUAAGCAGGCUGAAAGAAAUAUAUCUGAUAUCAUCAGUGAAAAGGAAGAGGCUCAAAGCAGUACUGCUACUGCAGAGAUGGAGCGUGAGAAGGUGAACAACAAAUUAACAGAAGCAAAUAGCACCAUACAAUCACUUAAAGAUACACUUACUCAGACCGAAAGCAACAUGGAUUCACUGUCCAAACAAAUUGAAGAUGACAAAGCUCUGACUACAAAUUUGAAGAAUGAGUUAGAGUUAGAGCGUAGCAAGAUGGCUGAGGCUUCCUUGACAAUAGGAUCCCUGGAAGAGGCACUGAUGAAGGCGGAGAAUAGCCUUUCUGUCUUACAAGGAGAAAUGGUGAAAGCUGAAGUGGAGAAAUCAACUCUGAGUAGUAAACUUAAUGUGUGCAUGGAAGAGUUGGCUGGAUCAAAUGGAAACUCACAGAGCAAAUCUAUGGAGGUUAUUGCUCAUCUUGAUAAUCUCCAGAUGGUUCUGAAGGAUGGAGGGGUGAUUUCCAGGGUGAAUGAGUUUCUUGAAAGGAAAUUUAGGAGCCUUGGAGACAUUGAUGUCAUUGCCAGAGAUAUCAUGAUAAAUUUUGGUGAGAAGGGAUUGGCUGGGGAAAUGGAAAACGUUACAGAGGAUGAUUCUACUGUGGCAAAAUCCUUGUUGAGUGGUCUUGAUGAUUCAGUGGAUACAGAGCUGGAGAAUAGCCAAGAGAAUACACCUGAUGAAGACGAAAUUUCAUCAUCCCUUAGGAAGAUCACAGAGGGGAUCAAGCUGAGAAACAAAACACUCGAGAAAAACUUCGAGGUUUUCUCAACUUCCAUUGACACACUCAUUGCGGCUUUGAUGGACAACAUGACAGCAGCAAGGGCUGAUGUGAUAAACGUCAUGGGUCAUAACGAGUCCCUGCAAGAACAGGUGAGGAGUGCUGAAGAUAUUCUCCGCGAAAAGGAAAACACUAUAGCUGCAUUAGAAACAGACUUGUCAUCUUUGAUGUCUGUAUGCAGCGAGGCUGCCAGCGAACUGCAGUUGGAAGUGAAAAACGACCUUCUAGAGUUGGUUCAGUUCCAAGAAAAUUACAACGGUGCUGAGACUGAAUCAGCCGAACAUCCACAAGAGCUUCUUGAUGUAAGUGAAUGGUCCCGGAGAGCGAAAGAACUAUCUUGUGCCGCGGAGAAGGCAUGCACUACUCUUAAGCUCUUUGAGAGAACAAGUAAUGCAGCUGCUGUUCUCAUCCGAGAUAUGGAGGACAGACUAAAAGAAACAUCUACCGCUUUAGAAAAGGUUGUGUUAGAAAGAGAUGUAAACCAAACUAAGGUUUCAAGUUCCGAGGCCAAGGUGGAAUCUACGGAAGCGCUUUGCAAAGAUCUGAAACUUCAGUUGGAAAAUCUCAAAGCCGAAGAAGAGAAAUGGCAUGAAAAAGAGGUGGAGCUUUCUACAUUAUAUAAUAAACUGCAAGUGCAAGAGCAAGAAGCAAAGGAAAACCUAAUUCCAGCAUCUGAUAUACGUGCCCUUUUUGACAAGAUAAAUGGUAUUGAGAUGCCUUCAGUAGAUCAGGUCAAUGAGUUAGAUCCACAGAGUGUAUAUGAUGUAAAGAAGCUAUUCGCGGUUGUUGAUAGUGUUACUAAGAUGCAGCAUCAGAUAUCAUAUGGACAAAAAGAACUCAACUCCACCUUGGCAGCAAAGGAUCUUGAAAUUCAAGGUUUAAAGGAGACAGCUGAAGCAAAUAGCACAACCGAGCAAGAGCUAGUGAAGGCAAAUAAAGAAUUGUCCAAGGUUAUAUCUGGCUUGGAGAAACUGCUGGGUAAUGAUCCUGUUGAAGACCUAGACUUCUCUGAGUCAUGGAAACUCUUACAAGCACUAGAGAUAAAAAUAGCUUCCCUUAUACUAGAGUCAGAGAGUUCAAAAUCAAAGGCACAAGAACUUGGUCUAAAGUUAGUCAGCAGUGACAAACUUGUGGAGAAAUUAUCACUCAAAAUCAAAGAGUUUGAGGAUAAACUUCAAAGCAAAGCCAUUCAGCCUGAUGUUGUUGUUCAUGAAAGGAGCAUCUUUGAAGCACCAAGAGCAUCUUCUUCCUCAGAGAUAUCUGAGAUUGAGGACAAGGGAAAAAAAUCAAUAUCAGCGGUGCCUACAGCAGCGCAAGUGAGAAUGGUGAGGAAAGCAUCAACGGAUCAUCUUGCAAUCAACAUAGAUUCAGAGUCCGAGCAUCUGAUGAACCACAACGAAGCAGAUGAAGAUAAAGGACAUGUUUUCAAGUCUCUCAACAUGUCUGGUCUGAUUCCAACGCAAGGAAAGAUGAUAGCAGAUCGUGUCGAUGGAAUAUGGGUCUCAGGUGGAAGAGUAUUAAUGAGCCGUCCACAAGCAAGGCUUGGCGUUAUGGUAUACAGUCUCUUAUUGCAUCUGUGGCUCCUAGCUUCCAUCUUGUAACAAGAGACGGGUGAUUUGAUAUCUCUUAGGCCUCUCCCACAUGAAACUACACAACAUAACACACACAAAUUGCUCUUUUUCCCUAUUCUUCCCAUUCUUUGUCGACCCCGUAAGAAGAGAAUGAUAUAGGUGUCCUCUUGUAUAUCCUGAAUAAUGUCUCAGCCUCUUUUCAUCUAGUUCUUCGGUUUCAUAGUCCUAGAAUAUUUAAUUAGGACUCAGUACGUUAUUACAGGUGGUUUUGUCAUGAACAUUUGUUCCAGGACUUAAGAACAGUUUUGCGCCUUUUGCGUCUGACUUUUAAGUUUGUAAUGACAGUACGAAAGUUUUGUGAUA